UUUUAUUCAAAUUCAUUUAUUUAUAUGUUUAUUUAAUUUAUUUAGAGGAAUUUGUUUAUCUUUGAUCAUGAAGAUGAAUUUUGUUCUUCUUUGUAAUUAGAUUUUAUGUAUGUGUAUAGUGCUUGAUCAUACCCGAAAGCAUAUGAAUUGACACAAUUUUACUUCUUUUUGUUAUUUUAUUGAUUAAGUUUUGUUUUUGAGGGUUUUGGUCUUGAAAUUUGAACUCAACUGGAGAAAAGUUUGGGAAAUCGAUGUGUAGUUUUUAGAAUUAUAUGUUGUAGAAUUAUGUUGGAUUAGUUGGUUUGGGUGAUAAAGUUUGUUGUUUUCAAUUUUUGUAUUAGUUUAUUUGAUUAAAGAUGUAAACUUUUUGUUCGAAACUUAGCGAAAAACAGUAAAUUUGCUUUUGCUUAUUGAUGUUGACUUUAAUUUGCUCUAGCGGUUUAGCACUCCGAAAAUUAGGUUGUGAUUACUCACGUUUAGGAAUGUUAUGUUUAAUCUGGUUAGCAUGAAAAGUUAUUAAUAAAGUGUAAUUAUAUGCUCUGCUCAUAAUACCUGGUCUCUCGCCUACAGUUUUGGUUGUAGAUAGCAAUUGAUUGUUCCACGCAAGCAACGGUUAAGCUUACAACAAACCAAUGAGUGUUUGUGAUAUUGAAAUAUUCAAUUUUUUAAUUAUUAAUUAUCUUAACAUUACAAACAUCUCAUUAGUUUAGUUUGUUGCAUGAAUGACGUGGCACAACCGUCGUGUUGAAUCAUUAUUCAUUUAUAGCAUAUGCGAGGCUGUCUUGCUGGAUGAAUAGCGUCUCCGCCUGAUGGUUUUCGUUGUUUGAGUUGUUGUAGCAAAUACUUGUGCAGCUUUGAUAGUUUGUCCUAAAAGCUUUGCGUAGCAUGACAACUGUAAAGUAAACUGUAGUUCUGGUGGUUGCAUUUUAGGCAAAUUUGGGAAUUGAAUUGAUUCUUCAGUAAUAUUUACAACUUGCUCAUUAUUUUCGUUCAUCAUAUGCAACAAGGUUUUCCUUUACGAAAAUGUGUCGGAAAUGUGGCGGUUCGGACACGAAACUUCAUUUUUGACAAAAGAAAUCUUAAAAUAACACUAUUUUGCUGUGUCCUUAUCCAAGUGUCAUGUUUUCAUGUAUCCACGUCUGUGCUACAUAGGCAAUAUUUGUUAUAAAAAUUGGCUGUGUUAUUAUUUUUAUCAUUGAGUUGAUGACACUUAUGAUUAAUUUACAUCGUACUUUUGUGUUGGCAUUAUGGUGUAGCCUCUGAUAAUGUUUGAUGAUAUCGUUAUUAUUGAAGCUUCUUUUUGAAAGUAGAAAUCUAGGAAAUUGUGUGAUGUAGUUUGACUCAGAAUGCCACUUUUUAAUGAAUGUAAUUCGUUCAAUUGUCCAAGUGAAUAUUUUAGUGCAUUUUGUGAGUAUGAUUGCUGUUAUAUUUGCUUUGCCUAGGUCCUUGGUUUCUUGCUAUGGUUAGGGUACUACUACGGGCAUUGCCUAGUCAUGUUUCUUUUCUCCUUUUGCUGACUUUUGAUUGAAUCCGUUCAGAUGAGCAGAAACUUACAGGAUUCUGACUAUAUAGGAGAACGUGAAGUAAAAGAAGUCUAAUUUCAUUCAGAUAAGCAGAAACAUUGAGGAUUCUGACUAACUAUAUUGGAAAAAGCCAAGUAGAAAAAAUCUAAGUUUGUUCAGAUAAGAAUAAACUUAAACGAUUCUGACAAUAUAGGAGAACACCAAGUUGAAGAAGUCUAAUUUCUGUGCGUCUUAGCUUGACUUUGGAUCAUUAUGGAUCUGAAAGGUAUAUCAUGGGUUGGCAACAUUUACCAGAAGUUUGAAGCUAUGUGUUUGGAGGUUGAAGAGAUCAUGUACGAGGACACAGUUAAAUAUGUUGAGAAUCAGGUCCAAACUGUGGGUUCUAAUGUGAAGAAAUUCUAUUCAGAUGUCAUGUUAGAUUUGCUUCCCCCAUCUUCUGUGGAUGCAGCUAAACUUGCAGUCUCUGAUGUACCAUAUGAUUUUUAUAGUGAUGUUGGGAUAUACAUGAAGCCAAAGGCAGGAGUAAAGGAAAAAUUUGGGAUGGUUGAUGACAGAGUGAUGUCGACGGAGGAUCCAAAAAUAAGUAACAAAAACUUGGACAAUACACCGACUUUUCAUGGACUGUGUCAUGUAGAGAAUAUUUUUCCGUUAUCAGGAGGUGAUUAUGCUGGUGGAGCCUCAAGACAACAUGGGAAAAGAAGUCUGUCCAAUAAAUUAACAGUUGUCAGGAAAAACUCAAAUAGGGAUAAUAGAUCCCCAGAUAAAAAAUCAGGGGCCAUCAAUUUUUCGGAUGAAGGUUUGACUAGCUCUUCUUCAUUCUGCCAACCUUCAAAUGAAAAUCUAGGGGACUAUGCUAGAGGAGCCCCGGAACUGCAUGAUGAUGGUUGUGUGUCUGUAGCCACAGGUCGGAGAACCAACGAAAACUCAGAAGGAAAGGAUAUAUCCCCAACUCAGGGAUCAAAUAUCUCUGUUCCUUUGUUUAAAGAUUCGACACGAGUAUCUUCAGUCUGUGAACUUUCAAAUGAAAGUAAUAAGGAAUUUGUUGGUCAGAAGGCGGAAGUUACAACUCUAGGGUCUGUGGAAGUGACAGGGCAUGAUUCCUCAGCUGAGCGUCAAAAUGAGAGUGAAAAUGUAAUUGAACAAAUUCCUCAUAUUCAAAAAGAUGGAGCAUCACCGGAUAUGGUUGAUUCAUUUGAGUUUGGCCCAAGUCAAGGAAUUCAUAUGACACCUUCCUCAUUUGGAAGCUCAUCAGCAGAAGCAACUGCUGCAGAAAAAUGUUCGAGUGAUGGGGUGAAUUUCUUACAAGAAUCCUGUGCAAAGAAGGAAGUUCAAAGUAAUGAAAUUGCCGAGGAUCAUUUUGUGUCUAAUUCAGAAAGGUCAGAUAAUUUUAGUACAGAUGUGAACAAAGUUGGUUUUUCCUCCGAACAUGGAACGGAAAGCGUCGAACAAGUUGACAAGGCAAAACUUGAAGAAUCCUGUAUUUUAGUCAGUGCAGAUGAAUGUCAUUUUGUUCUGCAAAGUAAAGGAAAAAACAAGUCUUACAAGAAGAAGAUUCAGCAUGUAUUUUCUCCGAAAAAGAGGCCGACAAGGAUUCAGGAGUAUGAAAAGCUAGCAAUAUGGACCGGCAGUGAUUCAAAUUUCAAUGACAAAGAGUCUGCCAAGAAUUCCGUGGCGAGUAUUAACAUGAAGGAUGACGCUAAGACAUCCUCCUCGGCUCCAGAUUCUUGCGACUCCGAGUGGGAGCUUCUGUAAAUAGAAAAAUAUACCAUGGCUCUUUCAGACCAGAUGUUAAUAAUGGUCGUUAAGACUUCCUUCAAUUCCAUCUCUUUGGCUGUAUAGUUGGAAGUAACAUAUUUAUAAAAAAAUGUAAUCUGUAUAUUGAUGGUUAAAAUUUGUUACCCUCUGCCCUCUGGUGCUUGCCUGCGUGGGGGAACAAGUUCCAUUUCAUUCAGAAAUAUACUGUUCAGUGUUAUAUAACAUGAAUCGAUGAAUAAUAAUUUUACCAUUUACAGGA